CAACUUUUCCCGUCUGCAGGGUUGGCUUCAGGCUUGACACCUAUGUAUAUUGGUGAGAUAGCUCCAACAAGCCUGCGAGGGGCGCUGGGCACGCUGCACCAGCUGGCUAUAGUUACUGGUAUUCUCAUAGCACAGAUCCUCGGUCUGGAGUCGUUACUGGGUGUUGAGGAUUUGUGGCCAGUUCUAUUGGGUGUAGCCGUCGUGCCGGCCGUACUUCAGAUGGCACUUCUGCCUUUCUGCCCUGAGAGUCCCCGCUUUCUCUACAUCGUCCGCUGCCAGGAGCACCAAGCCAAGAGAGGCCUGAGGAGACUGACGGGCAGGCUGGAGGUUGGUGGCAUGCUGGCGGAGAUGAAGGAGGAGAAGAGGAAGAUGGACAUGGAGAGGAAGGUGUCCAUCCUGGAGCUCUUUCGCUCUCCACUCUACCGUCAGCCCAUCAUCAUCGCCAUCCUGCUGCAGCUAUCUCAGCAGCUGUCUGGGAUCAACGCUAUUUUCUACUACUCCACCAGUAUCUUCAUGAAGGCAGAAGUCCAGAGUCCAGUCUACGCCACCAUAGGAGCAGGCGUGGUGAACUGCGCCUUCACGGUGGUCUCACUCUUCCUGAUAGAGAGGAUGGGUCGACGGACGCUCCACAUGCUGGGACUUGCUGGGAUGUGCAUCUGUGCCAUUGUCAUGACCAUGGCUCUGGCUUUGUUGGAAAGUGUUCCAGCGAUGAGCUACAUCAGCAUGCUGGCCAUCUUUGGCUUCGUGGCCUUCUUCGAGAUUGGUCCGGGUCCCAUCCCGUGGUUCUUCGUAGCUGAGCUUUUCUCUCAGGGUCCAAGGCCGGCUGCCAUGGCUGUGGCCGGCUUCUCCAACUGGACCUCUAACUUUAUCAUUGGCAUGUGCUUCCAAUAUGUCGCUAACCAGUGCGGGCCAUACGUCUUCCUCAUCUUCGCAGCACUCCUCCUCUUCUUCCUUAUCUUCACAUUCUUCCGGGUGCCAGAGACACGGGGCAAAACCUUCGACCAGAUCGCAGCAAACUUCCAUCAGCACUCUGCAGGAGGAAUGAUGGAUAUGGACAUGAACAUGGACAUGGAUUUGGACAAGCCCAGCACCGAGCUGGACUACUUGGGGGAGGAAAGCAUCAACUGAAGACUCUGCCUGGAGAGAGAUGGGACUGAGUACAGCUUGGGACUCUGUAUGUGGGCUUGAAAUGUAUAUUGAGGUCAAUUGUUGUAUUCAUAUAGAUUGUGGUGCCAAAGCAGUGUUAAAGGUGUGACAAUGUGGGUGCUUUGGAAUUGUCCCUUGUUGGUACCACUGCAAUAUGAGGUUACAAAUUUUAGCCUCCACAAAGGCUAAAACCUAUGGGUUACUUACUACUGUAGUUUGAAGGAAUAAGAUGGACAUUAGAGCAAAGUGUGUGGACUGUUCAGGCAUUAACUGCCCAUGAGGUAGGAUUUUAUUCCAUGGUGAUGCACUCUGUGGCAAUACUGACAGACGGAGGUGGUAAGACUUUGGAAUUCCUGCACUUUAUCUACAAAUACAUCCAAAGUUUUCAGGAGUUUGGAGGUAAAAAAAAAAAACAGGAUAUAAAGCCAUAGAGUCAAGUAUGCUUGCAUAUUUUGUACAAAAGCUGGGAACACUCAAGAUGUGCAAAUCCAACAGAUUGAUUGACAGCAUUCAGAUUUUUACCAUUUACACAACUACAGGAUCAUAGUCUGAAUGUUUUAAAAAACACAAAUACUAUUGUAUUGAGUCUGGUGUGAAGCAGGAUUUAAAACCUUCAACCCCCUCACAUUAUAUGGUAACAUGGGCUGGGUAUGAAACAAAUACUUUUGACUAGAUGGGGCAACUGAAAAUCUCAGGCUUGCACACCAAACAAAAAAAGCAUGCAACUGAAUUUCAGGAGUUUGAUUAUACUGUUGAAGUGUAAAGGCUAGAUGGAAACUUUAUCAAUAUGUUAAGUAGUUGCAUACUGGUCUACUCUGGUUUCUUAUUUUACAGCUUAUGUUAUUAAUUAUUUGAUGUGGAUGAAGAAAUACCAGUACAGUUCACAUUUUGGGUUCCACAACA